UGUGGCCAGUCCGAGCGGGAGGAGGUAUUUGGGAGCCGGCCGGAGGCGAGAGCGGAAGACGAUGAACCGCGAGAGGAGAAUGAGCCGCAGCCAGCAAGUGGGGGAGAGGAUCGCGGGCGAGAAGGGGCCGCGCAGGAAGCUUCGAACAAAAAAUCGCAUCCUAAUACACCACCACACUUGAAGAGAAGCAGUGGGCUUUAUCUGAACCAUGAUGGCAGAAUCCCUGUCCUUUUCACUGGGCACGCCAGUGCCCCCCUGGGAAUUGGAAGACUGGUAUGAGGACUUGCAGGAAGUGCUGUCCUCGGAUGUAUCCAACAGGACAGACCCCUUUGUGGGGGGACAGGAGCAGAAGGAAUUGGAUGGUUUUGACGGCGCUCCUCUGUUGUGGAACUUGGAGACUUCAAAUUCCUUGGAGCUUAAUGGGGAUGUAGUGGCAGGAAACUACGAGUUGGAGCCCGAUCUUGCAGCAGAACUCCUGGAACACCUGGGCGAGGAGCCUCCAGGGCCAGCUGAGUCUGAUUCUAGUCGUGGCUCUCCCACAGAGACCGGCACAGAUGACGAGGAGGGGAUGUCUGCUAGCCGGAAGAGGCGGCAGAGCGGACAGCCUCACGGUGGCAAGAGACAGCGUGGCAGGGAGCGGGAGCAGCAGAAUGAACGCAGAGUGGCCGAGUUGACAGCUCAUAACAAGUACCUCCAGCAGGAAAUAGAGCGCUUGACUGCUGAGGUGGAAGCCACACGAGCAGCGCUCAUCCAGCGGAUGGUGGGCCUAAAGACCUAAUGGAUCCGGGACACUUUCUGCGCUGAAAUUAUAGCUCCGUGCUGUGGACCCAGCAAGUGCGCAGGGCUUCCUCCUUUCCAAACGGAGUGAUUGCAGCAUGCUGGAAAGAGGGGCCACGGGCUGACACAUUAAAGCACGUCAGUGCCCUGCAACACCUUACCUUGAACUUGAAGGACUUGUUCUUACUCUGAGUGGCAGGUGGGCUUCCCUUGCAGAACUGUACGACAUGUAGCCCAGUUACUCUAGGCAAAGAGGAGAUCCCUGUCCUUCCCAGCGACUGAAUCAAUAAUGAAUCAAUACCAAAUUUUGAUACCCUCUCUCUGCAAUCUUCUUUCUAACCCUAAGAGCACCAGAAAAAUGUGGAUGGAGGUGAGGGCUUAAUACCAACAUGGCUCCAGCUAUAAAUUGUCAUCUUCAUUAUCUUUUCUGUCAGCCACCAACUUGGUUAAAUCCCCUUACUGGUGGUUCUGGCAGCAUCCAGAUACACUACUAAGGUACUGCUUGUGGCAGUUGUGGAACUGACUUGUUCUUAAUAGCUAUCUGUUCUUGUUCUUGCCAGGAGGUGCAAGGAGGAAUGUCUGCAUGUAUGUCUCUGUGCAAUAGUGCUCUUGUACUUGCAUAAUUAACAAUAAAAUAUUUAUUUUGUGCCAUGU